UGGAAGAUCAUUAAAUACAAGACUCUUCUCCAGGCUUUCAGUGAAGAAACCCAGCCCAUCACGCCCUCAUCCCACAUUAUUCUCCUCUGAUGUGUUACGUAACCUGCCAUAUGGCCUCUAUUUUCCCCUACGACACAAUCAUGAGGAUAGAUGGGCAACAAGAGCAAGCACAUCUCAGGACUAUCAACUCAGAAUAUGAGUGCGAUUAUUCCUCGGAUAGAGCAGCUGUCUGCCAGAGUGAUCCGGGUUCUGGGCUGCAACCCCGGACCGAUGACCCUGCAGGGAACAAACACUUACCUGGUCGGCACCGGGGACAGGAGAGUGCUCAUAGACACUGGGGAACCUGCUGUUCCUGAAUACAUCAGCAGUCUAAAACAGGCUCUGAAACAGUUCAACACCAGCAUCCAGGAGAUCAUCGUCACACACUGGCAUCAAGACCACACAGGGGGAGUGGAGGACAUCUGCAGGGACAUCGCUGGCUCGGAUGUCCAGGUCAGCAAACUUCCUCGCUCCAGUAAAAUCAGUGAGACCGCUGGGAACAAAAGCUUUACAUACCUGAAGGACGGAGAUGUUGUUCAGACCGAAGGCGCUACACUCAAAGUGCUGUUCACCCCGGGCCACACAGACGACCACAUGGCCUUGCUGCUGGAGGAGGAAGGCGCGCUCUUCUCAGGAGACUGCAUCCUGGGUGAAGGCACGGCCGUGUUUGAGGAUCUCUAUGACUACAUGAAAUCUUUAAAGAUCCUGCUGGACGCUCAGGCUGACCUCAUCUACCCUGGUCAUGGCCCUGUGGUUCAGGAUGCUGGCUCCAAAAUCAGACACUACAUCAGCCACAGAGACCAAAGAGAGCAGCAGAUCCUGGCAGCCAUUCAGGACGGAGCAGGAAAGCCUUUUUCCUCUAUGGAGCUGGUCAAGAUCGUCUACAAGGACACCCCUGAACAUCUGCACCGAGUAGCUAACGUGAACCUGGUCCAUCACCUCACAAAACUGGAGAAAGAAGGCAGGAUCACCCUGGUGAAUGAAUCUCCACAGAACAUCAAAUGGAAGAGUAACCUGUGAUGUCCACGGAGGCUAUGCAGAAAUAAACUCUCCAUGAUCAUUUGUUGAUACUAAAUAACUCCUCAAUCAAAACGGA